AUGGAUGAAUCUUUUGCGAACUCGUUUGCGAAAGCUCAGCAGUUCUAUGGUAUCUCUUUGAGCUCGUUCAUCGCUUCUGUCUCCCUUUCCACGGUCAUAUUCACGCUAGAAGUUCUUGUGUUUUUUAUUGUCCGCAAGCGCUUGCCCGAUCUCUAUACCACUGUUCCAGAAGACGUUGACACUACCCGUACAACACGGAAGAGACAUAUAGUAGCCAACUUUGUUCGAUUUGAACGCCACCACAAACAUUUUGAUAGAUACUUUUUCCGCCGGUACCUACGGUCGCUGAUUGUUAUCUUUACCCCAGCUGCACUCCUGAUAACACCUAUUCUCGUCCCUUUGAACUACACCAACGGAAAAGGCGCGGUGCUUGGAGUGAGUGGUCUCGAUGUCUUGGGGUGGUCCAAUGUCGGCCUUGAUCAAGCAGAUCGGUACUGGGCUCAUCUGCUCUUCAGUUUGGUUUUUAUCGGGCAUGUUUGCUGGGUCAUCUGGAGCGAGCUUGCAUUGUACGUUGCAAGCCGGCAACACGCACCGAACGCUGCUUUGUGCACAGUACUCGUCGACUCCAUACCAGACGAUUGGAUGUCUGAAAAGGUACUUACAUCUCAACUCGAGGUCUUUCCGGGUGAGGUCACUGCCAUUUCUUUCAACCGUGACUACAGUGCAAUUUCCAAGCUUGCAGAGAGACGGGAACGUAUGGCUCGAGCCCUCGAGACGGCAGAGAUCUCCAACAUAAGGAAGGCUUGUAGGGCAGGCGUACGGAAACAAAGCAAGAAGUCAAGCUCCGUUAGGUGCUUGCAAUACCAAUCACGCAACCUCUUAAAGCUGUUUGGCUGGCUAAGACUUGAAAAGGUCGACACCACCCUGGUUUAUCGAGAGGAACUUCGCAAAACUGGUGAAAAGAUGGACUUGUAUCGCGCAGCACUAAAGGAAUUCCCGCCCCUGCGGUCCGCCUUUAUCACCUUCGCCAAUCCACUCGCCGCUCACAUGGUGUGCCAAACAGUAAUCCAUACAAGCUCAGGUCAUAUGACACCCCGUACAAUGCCUUUGUCGGUAGAUGAUGUCGUAUGGAGCAACGUCAAUAUCACCUGGCGGGACAGAACCUUACGCACCAUACUUUCAAAUGUGCUCAUUGUAGCGACAGCAUCUGCAUGCGUCUUUCCAGUUGCAUUAGCAGGACUCCUCUCCCAGAUUAUCUAUAUCACACAAGCGGUGUCUUGGCUGAGCUGGAUCAACAAACUUCCACAGUUCUUCCUAGGCCUACUUCAAGGUGUAUUGCCUCCCACCCUAGUGGCUAUUCUGAUAAAAGGAUUCGUCGUUGUACUUCAAUACCUUGUCCGAAAGCAGGGCAUCUCUUCUAGGAGCCAUAUCGACCUCAAGAUUCAAGACUAUUACUUUUGCUUUCUCUUUGUCCAAGUUACUGUUGUAAUAUCUUUGUCUGCAGGGCUUACUGCCAUCGCGAACGAGAUGACACAUGGAGCUUCGCUAGCUGCGACCUUGGCCAAGAACCUACCAAAAGCAAGCAAUUACUUCCUUUCCUAUAUUCUCUUACAGGGUCUGUCAAUCAGCGCCAACGCUCUGUUGCGGAUAGAUUGUCUAGUCGGAAAGUUUAUACUUAGUCCGAUCUUCGACAAGUCUGUCACUCAGAUGAUGAUAAGAAGAAGGGGCCGGGAUCUCGAGUGGGGCACUUUCGUACCAGUUUUCACAAACCUCUCCUGCAUUGAUGGUGGGGGGCUCUUCUAUCCCAAAGCCCUCAAACAUCUCUUGACAGGCUUAUACAUGAUGCAAGUCUGUCUCGUAGCUCUUUUCCUUCUUGUACGAGACUCGCAAGGCAAGGCUAAGUGUAUUGGACAAGCUUGCAUUAUGGUGUUUGCUAUAGGAAUGACUGUUGUAUAUCAUCACUUGCUUUGCAGGGCAUUCAACCCCUUGUUGAGCUUUUUCCCCACUGCGCUUAAGGAUACCCUAGCCAAAGAUUCAACGCUAUCUCCUCCUUUUCUUCACAAGGCCCUUGCAUCAAGUCCGACAAUCAGUAUCCCCAGAGACGACCACGGUUUUGGCUCUACUCGAACAUUACAGCUUAAGGCGGAGCUAAAAGGAGUGAACAUAUCUAACACGGACGCAAUCAUUAACGGUUCAGGCGAUAUGUGCUUGAGAUAG